AUGGCGGCUGUUCCUUGGCAGAAGUCCUUCCUCCGUGUCACGGCCGGCCUGACCGCGGUGGGUAUCUUCGUGAUUUUCAUUGGCGUCGCCGUCACCUACUCGCAGCCUGCAGGGCCUGAUGCCGAAUCACCUUCGACACUGUCAAUCGCGGCCAUACCGAUGGUUAUGCUCGCAAUAUCGGCUCUGCUGGUGCUGUACCUGGGGGUGUUGGUGGAGCGGGAGACCGUCCUGGAGAAGCUUCCAAAGUUCACACCCUGCCGGAUGACGAUCGUAGUAGUCCUCCUCGUCCUGCUCUGUCCGGUGCGACAUCUAGUUUUCGCGCUGUUGCUGAUCAUUUGCGGGAUGGGCCUGGUGGUUUCAAUUCUGGACAGUUUUGACCUCGGUACUUCCGCUCGCCUCGUCGUGGCCGCGGCGGGCGACGGCAUCCUCUGCAUCGUGCAAGGGGAGGUCCUGAGAGAGGCCGGGGCAGCUGGAGAUGUGCUGGCAGCACAGUUUGGCCUCUUUCUUCUGGCUGGUGUGGGUGGCGGCUUCCUGCCUGGGUUGGCAUUCGUGGCGGCACGAAGGAAGUUUCCAAAAGUCUGUCGCAAUGCGGCGAUUGGAUAUGCCGCAAUGGCUGUCCACUCUGCCGUGCUCCUGAUGCAGGCCAUCGGCACCGAGAUGCGCUUCUUCCUUGAUGGUGGCGGCUACAUCUUCGACAGCCCCCAGUGUCUCUACUCCACCAUCGACUCCCCCCUGAGCCUGGUCUUGAACUUCUUGCAGUCUUUUGCAACCGCGGACGAGUACCAGGGUCCGUCUGGUCCAGCAGCUCCCUGCCCGGAGGACGCUGAGUUUGUCAGCAGCGACCCGUCUAUCGUCCCGUUGGUGCAGAUGCGGAGCUGCACGGAAAUGCCUCUGAUCGCACUGUUUUUCUUCCUCCUCCUUGGUGCGAGGGGUGUUGAAGAGAGUGGGGCAUUUUCAGGCGACCGUGCUUGCACGGAGAAGCUUGUAUGCUGGCAGAUGCUCAGUGGCAAAGUCUCUGCACCGCAUAUAUUGGACUCCUUUUCUUAUGCUCAAGUACUGGGUAUUUCGAUGUUCGAUCCCUUGCUCUCUUCGGGAUCGACGUGCGAAUCUCGCAGCAUCUUCGUUGAAGCACGGCAGCGUGGAUCUGACGCAAGCAAGAUGGAAGCGCUUCCGACCAACCGCGAGGGCACACGGAUCAAGUCUGGCUACGAGGGCGAGGAGCCCGAGCACCCAGAUGCCUCGGAGGCAGUUGCCAGCAUGCAGAUGUACGUGGCGGUAGGUGUGGCCAUGGUAGGAGCCGCCAUGUUCGGCUUCGAUCAGGGGAACUUCGGCAACGUGCAGGCCUUCGAGACCUUUCGGAAGGAGUGGUGCAUCGGCAGGUACGGCGACGAAGAGUCUUGUAGUGCAGAAGGGUCUUUGGACAAUGAUGCGUGGAAUGAUGGCUUCGUCACUUGGGGUGCCACGCUCAUCACUUUUGGUGCUGCCGCGGGCGCAAUCCUUCUGGGACCUUCCCUGACCAACAGGCUGGGUCGUCGUCCGUGCAUUCAGAUCGGUGGCUUCAUAUGCUUCUUGGGGUGCCUCAUGGCGUCGUACCUUUCGAGCCAUAGUAUCUGGAUGUUCUUCAGCGGACGCUUCAUUACAGGCUUCGGCGUCGGCGUGAGCUGCUUUGCGCUCCCACUUUACAACGCAGAGAUUUCCACCCCAGCCAUCCGAGGUGCUACAGGUUCGCUGUUUCAGUUGAACGUAGUGGUUGGUUGCUUCAUUUCUUGCUUGAUCACCUUCUUAGACAAGGACUGGUACACCGGCAUGCUGCUGCCAGGGCUGGCCGGCGCUGUGCUCACGCUGGGCGGCUUCUUCAUUCCUGAGUCUCCGCGCUUCGUCAUGGAGAAGAUGCUGCACAAGGAGUCCGAGGCCAAGGCCUAUGCGGCCGGCACAAGGUACUUGAAGCGCAUCCGCGCCGGCGAUGUGACGGCGGAGGCAGAUGAGAUCAUGCAGCAGAUCAAGGAUGAGAUGGACAUCGAGCACGUCAGCUUCCUGGGGCUGUUUAAAGAGCGCAACCUUCGCAAGCGCGUGUUCAUUGCCUGCUGCCUCGCCAUUUGCCAGCAGGCCACGGGCGUGAACGCCUUCCUUGGCUACGCGGCCACACUGUUCAAAGAGUGCGGCAUUGAAAGCCCAAUCAUGUUCAACUCCAUUUUCAACAGCAUCAUGAUCUUCGGAUGCAUCGCCGGGCUGCUCCUCGUGGACUCCAAGUACGGCGGCCGGCGCUGUCAGCUGCUGGCGGCCACGACCAUCAUGGGCCCUCCCUUGAUUUUGGCCGGCCUGGCUUUGCAGUUCAGCUGGCCAGGCAUCAUCACCAUGGCCUGCGUCGUGAUCUACGGUGUUGGCUUUCAGUUUGCCUGGGGGACCAUCCCAUGGAUCUAUCCUGCAGCCACUUUGCAGCAAUGA